CUGGCGGCCUGCGCCGAAGACAUGGAGCAGGGCUACGGAGGCUAUGGGGCAUGGAGUGCUGGACCUGCCAACACCCAGGGUGCCUAUGGAACUGGUGUGGCCAGUUGGCAAGGUUAUGAAAACUACAAUUAUUACGGCACCCAGAACACCAGCGUCACCACAGGAGCGACCUACAGCUAUGGCCCAGCCUCCUGGGAGGCUGCCAAGGCCAGCGAUGGUGGCCUGGCAGCUGGAGGCCCUGCCAUGCACAUGGCCUCUUAUGGCCCAGAGCCAUGCGCUGACAAUUCUGACUCCCUCAUUGCCAAGAUCAACCAGCGUUUGGACAUGAUAUCCAAGGAAGGAAUCAGGGGCGGGAGCAGCAGUGGCGGGGAGGGCUUGCAGGACCGGGAGAGCUCCUUCCGCUUCCAGCAGUUUGAGUCCUAUGACUCCAGGCCUUGCCUACCUGAACACAACCCCUACCGCUCCAGCUACAGCUAUGACUAUGACUUUGAUCUUGGGUCCAACCGCAAUGGCGGCUUUGGUGGGCAGUACAAUGACUGCAGGGACCCGGCCCGUGAGCGGAGCUCCCUGGAUGGUUUUGUGCGGGGCCGGAGCCAAGGCCGCUUCCAGGAUCGGAGCAACCCCAGCACCUUUAUACGCAGCGACCCCUUCUUGCCACCCCCGGUCUCCUCUGAGCCUCUGUCCACUCCCUGGAAUGAGCUGAACUACAUGGGUGGGCGGGGCCUGAGCGGCCCCUCCCCCAGCAGGCCACCACCUUCCGUCUUCCCCCAGUCCAUGCAUGCCCCUGACUAUGGUGUGAUGGGCAUGCAGGGGGCAGGUGGCUAUGACAACGCCAUGCCUUAUGGAUGUGGCCGGUCACAGACCCGGAUGCGGGACUGGCCCAGGAGGAGAGGGUUUGACCGCUUCGGACCAGACAGCAUGGGCAGGAAGCGGAAGCUGUUUCAAAUGUAUGAGGAACCGGACGCCAAAGUGGCCCGGGCUGAGAGCGAAGGAGAUUUUUCUGACAACGAUGACGGAGCUGGUGACUUCCGGUCAGGAGAUGAAGAAUUCAGAGGUGAGGAUGAAUUCUGCGACUCUGGGAGGCAGAGAGGAGAGAAGGACGACGAGGACGAAGAAAUGAAGAAGAAAAGAGAAAAGCAAAGGAGGAGGGAUAGGAUGCGGGACCGGGCAGCAGACAGGAUUCAGUUUGCAUGUUCUGUGUGCAAGUUCCGUAGCUUUGAAGAUGAAGAAAUCCAGAAGCAUCUGCAAAGCAAAUUUCACAAAGACACGCUGCAGUUUAUAAGUACCAAACUGCCUGAUAAGACGGUGGAGUUCCUCCAGGAAUACAUUGUAAACAGGAAUAAGAAAAUUGAGAAGCGGCGUCAUGAGUUGACAGAGAAGGAAAGCACGAAACCAAAACCAGAUCCUUUCAAAGGGAUUGGCCAGGAACACUUCUUCAAGAAGAUCGAGGCCGCUCACUGCCUGGCCUGUGACAUGCUGAUCCCUGCACAGCACCAUCUCCUCCAGCGGCAUCUGCACUCUGUGGACCACAAUCACAACCGCCGGUUGGCUGCUGAACAGUUCAAGAAAACAAGUCUCCAUGUGGCUAAGAGUGUUUUGAACAACAGACAUAUAGUGAAGAUGCUGGAAAAAUAUCUCAAGGGUGAGGACCCUUUCACCAAUGAAACUGUUGAUCCAGAAAUGGAAGGUGAUGACAAUUUAGAAGGUGAGGAUAAGGAGGAGACACCUGAGGAAGUGGCUGCAGAAGUCUUAGCCAAGGUGAUCACAGCAGCGGUGAGGGCAGUCGAUGGGGAAGCAGUGCCCGCUGGAGAGGGCGACAGAGUGCCGGCGCAAGGGGAAGGCCCUGUGGCUGUGGCGGAGGCCGGUAGUGAUCCCCAUACCAAACAGCCACCAGAAGAGGAGAUGCCCUGUGGAACAGCAUCUGAUAAAGGGGAUACCGAGGCCAGAAAUGAGGUGGAGACACUGGCAGCAGAGGCAGAAAGCCCCAUAGCCGUAGCUGCCCCUUCCCCAGCUGCCCCAGAGGCCAAAGUUGAACAGACGGGUGAAGAGUCCAAAGAUGAUAGCCCCAUGGAAUGAUCCUCGCUUCCCUGUUCCAGGGACAUGCUGCGUAAUCCACUGCUCUUUCUUCUUUGGUUUGUAAGCAGUACUAGGGUAUGUGUUCCUGGAAUGUACUCUAAACUAGUUUAGGUGAAGAGGCUUGGCCAUUUUCUUCUGAGCAGUGCACCUCAUGGGCUUGACAUACACAGGUGCGUGGCCUCCCAUCUUGGCUUGAAGGCUGCAGGAGUUGUACAUUCCCCCAUGACUGUAACAUCUCUCUUCACACUGCAGUUGGAAUAAUAAGAGUUGGGUGAUUGGAUCUUGAUGAUACUUUGCUUGUUAAAUACAGCCUCUGGCUGAAUAGAUCUUUCUUUUAAUUUCUAUUUUUGGUUAGGAGCAGCUCAACACUAGGAAUAUAUCUUGCUUUGUAAAGGAUUUUUAAAUUUAUUUUUUAGUUUUAAGCAUUUGCUUUGCCUUCUGUUUUUGUCCUCUGCUUUGUAGCACACUGUAUGGUGUGUGAUACUCACAAGAUGUGGUAGCAUCUUGUAACCAAUAUGACACUGGUUAUUCACAUCAGUGAACUCUCUCAAAUCUGACAAACCUGUGUCACUGGAGGCAUGUCCACUUUGACCCUCAAGAACGAGGAAACAUGGCCUAGGACAUUGUUUCCCAAUCUUCAGUCCUUGGUGAAUCACUUUAUGAUAUUUUACCUCAUUUGUAUUCCACUUCCACAUUACUUCAGGUUUGUUUUUUGUUUUUGUUUUUUUAUUCUUUAAAUUGGCUUAUUCCUACUUAAUGUAUUUAAAAAGAACAUUUGAUGUUGCUCCCAUAGAAGGAAAGCAAAUACAAAUUGCCAUAGAUAGAAGCUAUCUGUGAAAAGUAAAUAUAAUUAAAUAAACAUGUUUCAUCUUAGAUAAACACUGUUCCUUUGGAGGUGUCUGAUCUGUGAGAAGGGAGGCUAGCAUGUGUUAAAGAGUAGCACCCAACAGUUACACUCUCAUACAGGCAGAAUUGGAAGGUCCUUCCCUUUUAAAAUAAUAUUGUUGUCUUUUUCCCUAUAAACCUUUUAGCCGUAUACAUCUCACAUUUUGGGAAACGUUGGCCAGUGGGAAAUUAUUAGAAAAGAGGAAAUUAUUAAAAUAUUUGAUGAGCAUCAACUGUAUACCAGGUGCUAAUUCAUGAUAAAAAUUCUAAAAUACGGACACUGCUCUCAAGGAGCCUUACUGGAAAUGCAAGAUGAAUAUUUAUGAGAGUCAAUAUUAGAACUAAAAAUUGAAAUAAACUGCUUGGUAGGCAAGAAA